AUGGCUGACGAUGGAAUGCUUCUGAAUUUUGACCUAGGGUCAGGUCCAAUUAAACCCCAGGUCAAGUUUAAGGGCGGUCGAUGGCGUGAUAGGAAGCAGGCAGAGAAGUCGGCGAGGAUAGCUUCUGGGAAGACACCACAAGCCAAACCUUCUGGAGACGGAUUUGAUGAGGGCAGGUCAUCAAAACGUCAAAGAACAGACGAUGGAGGAGGGGAUCACUCAUUCGAUCACAAAUCAAUGGGCAGACACAGUUCGCGACCAAGGUCCACAGACAAUGAUGGCCACGGAGGUUCAGGCCAGCCUCGCAACCAGCAGUCAGAUCGCAAAAGACAAGUCAUCUCCCGACUCUUCUCAUUCAACCCCGCACAGACGACAGAGGAGGAGGAAAAGCAGACAGAAUGGACAGCUCCCGAAGCCACCAAUGCGCCUUUAUCAGAUGUUGCGAACUUCGGUACAUUGACGAUUUCUGCCCGACUUGUUGAUGAGCUUGGCAAGAUGAACCUGGAGCGACCAACGGCUAUUCAGAAUAAGGUGGUUCCGCACAUGUUAACAAGUAGCUCCGAUGCCUUUGUGCAAGCCGAAACUGGUUCCGGAAAGACUUUGGCAUACCUGUUACCUAUCUUACAUCGUGUUCUACUUCUCAGCGAAAAGGGGAAGGCUCAGAUUCAUCGAGAUUCUGGUGCUUUUGCCAUUAUCGUUGCGCCUACUCGUGAACUUGCAAAACAGGUUCACACAGUUCUGGAGAAGCUCAUUCGACCGUUCCCAUGGCUCGUCUCGACAGCAAUUACCGGAGGAGAAUCUAAGAAGGCGGAAAAGGCUCGCAUACGGAAGGGUGUCAAUUUCCUGGUUGCUACUCCCGGACGACUUGCUGAUCAUAUCGACAAUACAAAGGCGCUUAGCCUCAGCACGGUUCGAUGGUUGAUUCUUGAUGAAGGUGAUCGGCUCAUGGAUCUGGGUUUCGAGGACGACUUGAAGAAGGUUAUCACAGCUAUCAAGGCGGUUGAUGUAUCCGACAAACUACCCGAUGGAACACCGCUCACGGCCCUACCCGAACGAAGAGUUACAGUGCUGUGUUCAGCGACAAUGAAGAUGAACGUACAGAAGCUGGGAGAGAUGAGUUUGGCGGAUGCGACAUUCCUGACAGCAAAGAAGGAGGAGAUGGACCUUGAUGUGGAAAAUACGGAAAUGAAGGCGCCCGCACAGCUGCACCAGUACUACUCUAUUGUCCCAGCCAAGCUACGACUCGUUACUCUCAUCUCGUACCUCAAGGCAACAUUCUCUCGGCGUGGAAAGACUAUGAAGGCGAUUAUCUUCAUAUCAUGUGCCGACUCUGUCGACUUCCAUUACGAACUGUUGCGAGACCCCAACAAUAAUGAGGCACCUGUCGCAGGCUCCAAGGAUGCAGAGUCGGUUUCGAAGACAGUGGCAAAAGCAGCAUACAUCACUUCACCAGCAAGUCCUGAGGUCGUUCUGCACAGGAUGCAUGGAUCUUUGUCACAACCCAUUCGUACAGCUACAUUGCGAUCGUUCUCAGCUUGCAAGUCUCCAUCUCUUCUGAUCACCACCGAUGUUUCCUCGCGUGGUCUCGAUAUUCCGUCGGUCGAUCUGGUCAUCGAGUACGACCCUGCGUUCAGUUUCGCCGAUCAUAUCCAUCGUGUUGGUCGUACUGCUCGUGCUGGUCGACCCGGUGAUGCUUUGUUAUUCCUGCUUCCCGGAACCGAAGAAGGAUACAUCGAACUCAUGAAAGCGCCAACGCCACCAACUCCGCAAUCCUACGACUCUAUUCUCCAGAAGGGAAUGAUGACGAAACUCGAAUUCCCGGUCGAGACGUCCGCGAAACCGGAGGAGGGGCAAUCUUUCCAUGACAAGGCGGAGGCCCUUCAGCUGCACAUUGAGCAACGUCUCCUGACGGACACCAAGCGACUAGAACUUGCUCGAAACGGCUUCAAGUCUCACAUUAGGGCAUAUGCUACGCAUACCAAGGAGGAGAGGAAGCACUUUGACAUUUCAGAAUUGCACUUGGGACACACGGCAAAGAGCUACGGUCUGAGAGAGGCACCUGGCGGCAUCGGCGCAGGUGUGGAGAGGAAGACUAAGAAGCGGACGAAUAAGGGUGUCGAGAAGAAUACAGAACAGGCAACUGGAGAUGAGAGGCAAAACCAGAACAUUAUCAGGAAGAAGAGUAUGAUGCUGAUGAAUUCCGCGGCAGACGAGUUCAAUAUUGGUUAG